AGAAAAGACAAAAUAAUAUAGUCCAACCAAUAUUUAUCAUAUACGCAUACACAUUAUUUGGUUUUUAUCCGAAAAACUUCCCCCAAAGAAAAACAAAACCCAUAUAAAAAAAUUUGUGGCUAUCCACCAACUUAGUCACUAAGUAGCUCCAAACUCCAUCUUCCAAAACCAUCAAAUUAAAUUCUUCCAAAACCACAACUCCCCUUUGCAAAACUCACAAGAAAAAAGAAAAAGAAAAAAUGAACGACAAAGUAGACAAACUGGUAAUCUUCCUGGCCAAGAGAGACGGCAUCGAUAAGCUGGUGAAGACCUUCCAAUACGUAUCGAAACUCGUCCACUACCACGUGGAGAAAUCCCACCCCGACCACGCCGGGCGGGCCAAGCAGUGGGAGGUGGCGGCGGGGCUCAGCCGGAAGGCCUUCCGCAGCGGCCGCUUCCUCACGGGGUUCAACGCGCUGCGGAGGGCCCCGGGGCCCACCCCGGGAUUUCGGCUGCUGGCCGUGCUGGCCAAUGCGGGCGAAAUGGUGUAUUUCUUUUUUGACCACUUCCUGUGGCUGUCGAGGAUUGGGGUCCUCGACGGCACACUGGCGAGACGAAUGAGUUUCGUCUCGGCCUUCGGGGAGUCGUUCGGGUACGUGUUUUUCAUCAUAUCGGAUCUGAUAAUGAUCAGGGAUGGGAUGAGGGAGGAGAGGAAGGUGGCUAGUGAGGAAGGGAAGAGGAAGAUAAGGGCGGAGAGGGUGAUGAGGUUGAUGGGCGUGGCGGCCAAUUUGGCUGAUUUGAUAAUAGCGUUGGCAGAUAUAGAGCCUAAUCCGUUUUGUAAUCACGCCAUUACGCUCGGGAUUAGUGGUUUGGUCUCUGCAUGGGCGGGAUGGUAUAGGAAUUGGCCCGCUUAAUUAGUAUUAAUGUUUUUUUUUAGUUAUGAAAAAAGAAAGACUUAUGUUAUGUGUAUAUGGAAAUAAUAUCUGCAUGCACUGUGGUUGGUCUUAUUUUGACAAA